AUGCCUGUUAUGAAAGGAUUGCUCGCGCCACAGAACACAUUUUUGGAUACUAUAGCGACGCGUUUUGACGGCACACACAGCAACUUCAUCCUGGCCAAUGCACAAGUGUCCAAAGGCUUCCCGAUCGUGUACUGCUCGGAUGGAUUCUGUGAGCUUACUGGAUUUGCCCGAACUGAGGUCAUGCAGCAGAGCUGCGCAUGCAAGUUUCUGUAUGGGCCGGAGACCAGCGAGCACAUCAUUCUUCACGUGGAUUCUGCGCUUGAGGAACGUAGCGAGCUCAAGGAGGAGAUAAUGUUCUACAAAAAGAAUGGUAGUGUGUUCUGGUGUCUGCUGGAUAUUGUGUCUAUCAAGAAUGAGAAGGGAGAUGUGGUCCUCUUCCUUGCCUCUUUUAAAGACGUCACUGAUACCAAAGCCAAAUCUAUACUUGAGGAGAAGAAAGAAGAGUGCCGCCGCGAGAAGGUCAAGGGCGGGUCUCCGUUUGGCUCCACGCGGCUGCGAUCUAGCACAGUUCUCUACCAUAUUUCAGGACACCUGCAUAACCGUCAAAAACAAAGUAAAAUCAAACUUAACAAGAAUGUUUUUGGUGAUCCACCAGCUCUUCCUGAAUAUAAAGUCGCUGAUGCCAAGAAGUCCAAAUUCAUUCUUCUCCACUUCAGCACCUUCAAGGCAGGCUGGGAUUGGCUGAUCCUUCUGGCUACAUUCUAUGUCGCUGUGACGGUGCCGUAUAACGUUUGUUUUAUUGGUGAUCAGGACUUGACACGUAGCACCACUGUCACUGACAUUGCCGUUGAGAUUCUUUUCAUCAUUGAUAUCGUGUUCAGUUUCCGCACUACGUACGUGAGUAAGUCGGGGCAGGUGAUCUUCGAUGCGCGGCUGAUCUGCAUCCAUUACAUGACCACCUGGUUCAUCAUCGACCUGGUUGCCGCUCUGCCCUUUGAUCUCCUUUACGCUUUCAAAAUUACUUUUGUUGCCAUCCAACACUUACUUAAAGUUGAUCUAAAUUAA